AUGCCCUACUACGAGAACCACCUGUACGGCCCUGCAGAGAAGACACCAUCUCCACGGCAGCUGCGACUGCCAGUGGCAACAGAGUCGCCCAUGCGUGCCGCUCGUUCUGAAGGGCCCCUCAUCCCGACGGAUGAGAACGACAACGAUGCAGCGGAGUGGCCCAUUCGACGCAAUCGCCGUAUACCCUCCCCGAUUCUGUCACCGAUCCCGGCGAACCCGGCGUACUAUUCGCACCAUGAGGAGGACGACUACAACAGCAACCUUCAAGAAGGCGCCGGCGAGGCACAGCAGCGACGGUGGAUGCGCGAGCGAGACUCGUCACGACAUCCUCCGGUAGAGCCCGUAGCGGGCCACAAUUUAUCCUCAAAUCCCCGCACAGAAGAGGCCUUUCUCAGCAUUCCGCGAGCUGCGUCGUUGCUACAGACCCGGCAGGUGCAAGCCCCCUCUACGGGGCCUCGUGCGCGUGCUGAGGUGGAAGCGUUCACCGAAGACCAGCAGGACGCCGAUGAGUACAUGGCUGAGGAAGGUCUUGUCUCCUCGCGGCCUUUCCCCACAGUUUGGGACGCGAGGGAGCGGCCAUCCUUUGGUACCGCAGCGUACCGCAGUGCUGCAGACGAAGCGGACUACAGUGCCGAGCCCGUGGCGCGCCCACAGUGGCUGGCGCACAACAGUGAUGAAUCCGCCCACCAAUCACGUAGCGUGAGAAGUGCACGUAGAUAUGAGGAUGAAGGCAGUGAAAGGUACCGCGCGCUCUGGGCUGGCCCCGAGCGUCAGGUGCCACGGAAGUCGUUGCCCGUCCGCUGCGCGCGGUGCGACUACCGUCUUCCAGAGGAGCUGAUCGAGUACCUGCUGGAGACUUCGAUGUACCAUUCAGUUCCUCAGCCACAUUGCCCAGAAUGCGGCGCUCAACUCGCUCCCAUCGCCAAGGCCACCUACGGCGACGGUGAUGACAACGUCUAUCACAGUGAACGGGAACCACCUCGACGGCGAGAGCGCCGCUCAAAGCGCGUGAAUAUGCCUCCGAAAGGCCCCUACGAAAGGCGAAGCAUCUCUGCGGAGUCAAGCAAUACCGACAUAGGCGUGAUAGACGCCGUCAGCAGCUCCAAUGGGGACUCAAGGCACGAAUCGCAAUUAUCGCCGGGAGUGACGCCGCGGCCCUCCCACUCCAAGAUCGAGCCCGAGAACCCCGCGCCUCUCCCACCGCCUCGCCAGCCUAAGGCGCCGAUGCCACCGCCCCGAUUCGGAGCGCCGGGUGGCACCGGAUGGACUCCCGGAGAAACGCCUAUCAUUGUUCUGGCCAAGUCACCAUACCUCACCCUUGAUUCCUUGCCCCGUAGCCUUCAUUCCGCCACAAAAGGAGUGACUCCUAGCAGUGACUGGCAUCCAGGCGAGGAGGUCACUAGCGCCAUCAGCCCAGGCAACAUCGCCGUUCCGUGGGCAGUAGAGGGGUGUACUGCGUGCAGACGACAGGCCGGUGUGGGCCUCGCGGGACUUUUUUGCUGCGCCAUGCCCUGCGUCCUCUUCCGCGAACGCAAGCAGCUACUCCUCCACACACCGAGCAGUCGCUAUAUCUGCUGCGCCGGUGCCUUCCCGUGCUGCGUUCCACCAGCGUCGCUGCGGCCUGAGUUGUACUACACGGUGGGACCCAAUUACCUCUACAGCUCAGCCAUGGACGCGGAAACCACCCGAUACUUGGAUAGCGUCGAGGACCCCACCACGGCAGCGUCGCAGCAGCGGCACCGGUAUGACCUAUACAGUGCGAUCGACGAUGAGGGCGAAGAGCAGGUGACUGCACUGCGCCUCGCCGGAGGAGGGCGGCCGCCACUCGCCGCCUUUCGAUCCGUGACCGGGGUCACCUCUCCUGCCUUGCUCGUGAACCCGCAGACGGGCCUGCCGCUGGACGGCUGCUACUCAAAAUUGGCUGACCACGGCGUCGACCGGCCGCUCGCCAACCGCGCCACCUCGCCGACGAGUGCGCCACCUGGCACGGGUUGCUGUGACUGCAUCACCUGGGUCGACAACACUUGUGUCUGCGACAAGACGCGUGGCUGUUGCCUCUACUGCACGCACCCCACUGCCUACUGCCUGGCCUGCCCUAUGCUCUGUUUGUGCUGCGAGAUGACGUGGUGCAUGCCAUGCGCUCUGUGGACAAACCGGCUCCUAAUCCGUCAGCAUUACCACCUCCUUCCCGACACCGCUAUCGAUGGAGGGGCUGUGUGCUGCUACAGGUGCUAUCUGCAGUGCUGCACGCUCGCGUGCACGCAGGCGUACACUCCAACGAUGGCCAGCGGCACUUCCACGCGUGUAGAAAGCACGGCUGCGGCCACCGCAUCACCGACGUCCCUUUCGUGCUGGUUUCAGCUGACCAUCACUGUCGCCGCGUGCUUGGCAGCUGUCUGCUGCUUGUGCCCCUGUGCGGCCUGCGGGCUAGCGCAGCAGCGAGAUCAGAUUCAGCGACUUGGAUACCCGCUUGUCGUUCAAAUUCCCUCAGAGACAGAGAUGGCGUAG